CUCAUUCUCAGUAUCCAAAGACUCGCGUCGCUCUCGUGUCGCACCAACCAACCACACUCGAACGGGGAUUCCCACUCGAACGCCGCCGCUUCGCACGAUGGCGACGGGGCACGCCUUCCGGCGCCUGGCGCGGCGGAUGCUGAGCAACGUGCCGGAGUCGACCGUCUAUGGGGGCCCGCGGCCGCAGGAGGCGGCGGCGGCGCGGCGCGUGACGGUGACGACCCUCCGCGGGAAGCACCGCCGGGGGGAGCCCAUCACCGUUGUCACCGCCUACGACUACCCCUCCGCCGUCCACGUCGACUCCGCGGGGAUCGACGUCUGCCUCGUCGGCGACUCCGCCGCCAUGGUCGUUCACGGCCACGACACCACUCUCCCCAUCUCCCUCGACGUCAUGCUCGAGCACUGCCGCGCCGUGGCGCGAGGCGCCUCGCGGCCGCUCCUCGUCGGCGACCUCUCCUUCGGUUGCUACGAGUCCUCUUCCACGCAGGCUGUUGACUCUGCGGUGAGGGUGUUAAAAGAAGGUGGAAUGGAUGCAAUCAAAUUGGAAGGAGGAGCUCCAUCUAGGAUCAGUGCAGCUAAGGCUAUUGUGGAGGCUGGAAUUGCUGUCAUGGGUCACGUUGGGCUUACGCCGCAGGCUAUUAGUGUACUUGGUGGGUUUCGACCACAGGGGAAGACAGUUGAUAGUGCUAUAAAGGUUGUAGAGACAGCACUCGCGUUGCAAGAGGCUGGUUGCUUCUCGGUUGUGUUGGAGUGUGUGCCAGCUCCGGUGGCAGCAGCUGCAACAUCAGCAUUGAAAAUCCCAACCAUUGGCAUCGGUGCUGGGCCAUUCUGCAGUGGGCAGGUCUUGGUGUACCAUGACUUGUUAGGGAUGAUGCAGCAUCCACACCAUGCCAAGGUGACACCAAAGUUCUGCAAGCAAUUCGGCAACGUCGGCAGUGUCAUUAACAAGGCGCUAUCAGAUUACAAGCAAGAAGUGGAGACACGGUCUUUCCCUGGCCCCAGUCACACCCCGUAUAAAAUCACCGCAACAGAUGUUGAUGGCUUUGCCAAUGCGCUACAGAAGAUGGGUUUGGGUGAGGCUGCGGACGCUGCGGCUGCCGCUGCUGAGAACUCAGAAAAUGAUGGAAAACCGAGCGAAAACAGUUGAUUUCAGUUAAAUCUUAAUCUGGAGUACAAGACUGCAGGGCAGGGGUAAACUGAAAGCUGAAAGGCAAGUGUUGGCUAAAUGCGUCUGAUGCCAGGCGAUUGCAUGUAUCGUCUGCCUUUGAAUAAAUAUAAACAGCUGCUGUUGUACGUUGAAAAAACGCAAUGUUUUUCAAUCUAGCAGCUGCUAUUAACUGUGACUUGAGACUUAGUUUAAGGGUGAUGUUGUGAGCACCUUA